UGUUAGUGAUUCUCCGCUACUCACCCCUGCGUCGCUGCAUCAACUUUUAUUUAAGCCGUUUUAAUUAAGACGCAAACAGCGUGCGUAAUUUUUGUUUUUUGCAUCCUCUGGUCGUUGAGGGCGUAUUUCUCCCACAUUUUCUACAUAUAGCAGUAUAAUUCAGCUUUAGUAGUGGGAGCACAAGCCCAGUAGUGUACACACAGCAGCGUAUUCUUGUGUUGCCCAGCCCGCUGCCCGUUUUUGGGGAAGGGUAGUUCAGCCCCUCUGGUGUCCUCAUUGGCUCAGCUGUUGUAACCUCUCCUUAGUUUCUUCUUGAGUUUGCGACGACAGUUUGUUCCAGUGCACGAAACGUAACUUGAAGUUGUCGAAAGUGCCUGGUGAAAGCAUUUAUCCUUUUGUAAACUAUCUUAUUACACUAAUAAUUAUCAAAACAAAAACGAGGAAGGGUGUAAAAGUUGCCUUGCUAGAAGACGAACAGGAAAACCAACACCGGCAGGACUACUGGAAGCUCUACUCCUCAGUGGGACCGUGCUGUCAGCAUGAGGGAGAAGCCUCCACUGGACAGCAGUGAGGAUGGAGCCUGGCUGGGGGAGGGCCAGUCUGAAACACAACUUGCGGCUGUACCUGAUCCUGAUGGACUUGAAGCAGGUGAUGCAGAUCGGCCUGCGUGGGAUUCUAAGAUCCAGUAUGUGUUGGCGCAGGUGGGCUUCAGUGUUGGCUUAGGGAAUGUGUGGAGGUUUCCAUACCUUUGCCACCAAAAUGGAGGGGGGGCCUUCAUGCUGCUGUAUAUUUUUCUUUUGCUGAUUGUGGGAGUUCCACUGUUUUUUAUGGAGUUGGCGGCAGGCCAGAGUAUUCGGCAAGGCAGCAUCGGUGUGUGGAAGCACAUCUCCCCAAAGCUGGCAGGGAUCGGCUACUCCAGCUGUGUGGUUUGUUUUUAUGUGGCUCUUUACUACAAUGUUAUAAUUGCCUGGAGCCUCUUCUACUUGGGCAAUUCCUUUCAGUAUGCUCUGCCAUGGCAACAUUGUCCAGCAGAUGUAGCCUCCAAUGACACAGUGAAAGAAUGUGCCAGUAGCUCACCAACGUCAUAUUUCUGGUUUCGGAAAGCCCUAAACAUCACAAAUUCCAUCGAAGAAUCUGGAGAGUUUAACCCCAUCAUGACAGGCUGUUUGUUGGCUGCUUGGGCGAUUGUGUCACUGGCUAUGAUCAAGGGCAUCAAGUCCUCUGCAAGGGUGAUGUACUUCUCCUCAGUUUUCCCCUAUGUGGUGCUCUUUAUUUUCCUCAUCAGAGGAUUGUUAUUGGAUGGUGCCAUGGAUGGGAUUACCUACAUGUUUUAUCCUAAACUGGAAAUCUGGGGCAGUGUGCAGGUGUGGCGGCAGGCAGCUACGCAGGUGUUUUUUGCCCUGGGUUUGGGUUAUGGCUCGGUUAUCGCUUAUUCCUCCUACAAUCCAGUCCACAACAACUGCCACAGGGAUGCAAUAAUGGUCUCCUGCAUCAACUUCAUGACAUCUGUGCUGGCCUCGCUAGUGGUUUUCGUUGUGCUAGGUUUCCGUGCCAAGAACAUUGCACUACGUUGUGUUGCUGAAAAUCUUGGGGUAUUAAAACUCAUGGCAUCAAAUGAAUCCAGCCAGCACUGGUUGCCUUUGUUCAACAUGACAGACCCAAGUUCUGUGUCUAUAGCUGAUUACAGAGCAUGGUACAGCCACUAUAGCUCCAUGGUGGAUCCUAAAAUUACUGACUGCAGUCUAGAGGAAGAGAUGAACAAGGGAGUUGAAGGAACGGGCCUGGCAUUCAUGGCAUUCACCGAGGUGAUGGCCCUGUUCCCAGCCAGCCCCUUCUGGUCCACCCUGUUUUUCCUGAUGCUGCUCAACCUGGGUCUCAGCACUAUGUUUGGAACCAUGCAGGGAAUCCUCACGCCUCUCAUGGACAAUUUUAGCCUCUUGGGGCGCCACCGGACCCUCCUCACUGUGUUCAGCUGUCUUUUAGGAUUCAUAAUAGGAUUACUGUUCACCCAGCGCUCUGGCAACUAUUUUGUGACUAUGUUUGAUGACUACUCUGCAACCUUACCAUUAAUAAUUGUUGUCAUUUUUGAGACCAUCAGUGUGGCAUGGGUUUAUGGCACCGAUCGUUUCCUGGAUGAUAUUGAAAUCAUGCUCAAGUGGCGCCCUCCAGUGGUGUAUAAAUAUCUUUGGAAAUAUGUGUGCUUAAUGGCUAUGAUCAGUCUCAUGGCUGCCAGUUUGUUGCGCAUGGUCUUCAAAAGGCCCACAUACACGGCCUGGAAUCAAACCACAGCCUCUGAGAUGAGUCUGGAGUACCCAGGCUGGGCCCUGGCUAUGAUUGUCAUGCUCAUAGUCUUUGCCAGCUUGCCAGUGCCCCUUGGCUACAUCCAUUCCAUGUUGAAAAACCGCGUUGUCCGUGGCAGUCCAUCUGAGGAGGAUGUCGGUCAGGAGAUGCACCGCGAGUUGUACACCAAGUGCAAUUCUUCUGAUCAGCUGGAUUCCAACUCCCAUCAAGCCCCGUCUGAGGAAGACGAGGGUCGUCCCAGGACUGUCUUUCUGCCGGUAGGUGGCGAACACUACCGGCUCCUACCCCAACAGGAGGAGGAUGAGGAUGAGGAACAAGAUACGGGGGUUUGAGAGUGCUCUCUGAGGACUUGCUGUUUGUUUGUGAAAGGACAAACAUUUGAAACCUAAGAGCAAAAAAUAAAAGGAAGUCAGGAAAAUGAAAGCAGGCUAAAGAGAGAACAGUCAUUAUCAGUAGCUUUUUUUCUUUUUUAGAAAGCUUCUCUGUAUUAUAUCUGUAUAUUCAGCAAACUCGAAAUUGUUAAUAAGGCAAAGUUGUUUUAACUGUUUUUAAUACUUGUGGUACAAUCACAGUCAAAUGCAGCGCUUCCUUGUCGCUUCCACCAUUAGUUUUCUGAACUGUGUGUAUGUUCAGAAACACAUUUGAACAUGCAUGAACAAGGAAAUUGGCUGCUAUGUAUGGCAAAAGAAAAUCUAUUUUUUUAAAAUAGACAAGCCAACAAUAUGUAAAUUAGGUUUGACUAGCUUUUAUUCAUGUGGGAGUUUUAAUUGAGUGGCUUGAGUCAUGGAAUGUAGCCACUGAUUAAAUAUGCUUUAUGAGGGAUAUUUUUUUAGCUAAACAAGUUUAAAUUAGCAUGAAAACAUUCUACCUUCAGAAACUGUGAUGUGUUUGCAUGGCCGUGUGUGUGUGGGAGUGUGUACCUGUGUAUUUGAAUGUUACUGUUGUGAAUCAGUUUGGUUGUGAAGGAAAAAAUGUGACAACAUGAUCACUUUAUUUUGUAUAAUUUUACCUCACAAGACCAUUGCAAGGUUUUUACAUAAGAUCAAACAAAAUGUUGUUGUACUGUGAAGGAUGGUAACUGAAAUAAAUAUCAAAUGUUAACAGCAUGACUCUGUUUCAAAUGAUUCACCUACUUGUAAUUGUAAGCAAGACUACAUCAUUAAUUGUGAUAAGAAAUGUACAA